AAUGGGCGAAGCUAUUGAUUUAUUUAUUCACCGAAUUUUAUUUUUCUCAUCGUAAGACGUAAUGUAAAUUGUAAUAUCAAUAAUGUAAAAUACAGGUCAUAACUCACGUUCCUAGAAAAGUGAUCAGUGCCAUGGAAUUAUAUUUUGCUAAUUUGAUAUAAUGUGGAUGUAAGAGGCAUAUUACCAUGGCGGCCGAUACAGCAGUUUCUGCAAGCCCAGAAGAGACUCUAGAGUCUCUCCUUCGUGAGGCGGAGGCCCUGAAGCAAAAGUUAGAAGAAGAGCGGCAAAAGCUAAAUGAUGUAACAUUGUGUAGCGUGGCGGAACGCCUGGAACCAAUAUCAAUAAACAACAUAAAGGUGCGCCGUGUUCUCAAAGGACACCAGGCUAAGGUCCUAUGCUGUGAUUGGUCUCCAGACAAAAGACAUAUUGUUUCAUCUUCUCAGGAUGGCAAGCUUAUCAUCUGGGAUGCCUUCACCUCUACAAAGGAGUUGACUAUUGCAAUGCCGAGCACCUGGGUUAUGGCUUGUGCUUAUGCCCCAUCUGGAAACAUGGUGGCUGCUGGGGGUCUGGACAAUAAGGUGACGGUGUUCCCGCUGGGCGGCGCGGACGAGGAGCCGGCGUCCCGCAAGCGUACUGUGGCCACGCACUCGUCCUACCUGUCGUGCUGCUUGUUCCCCAACACCGACCGCCAGAUGCUCACCGGCUCUGGGGACGGAACCUGCGCGCUCUGGGACAUCGAGUCUGGCCAACUGUUGCAGAGCUUUCAGGGUCACUCGGCAGACGUGAUGUCCCUGGACCUGUGCCCCGGCGAGUUGGGCGACACCUUCGUGUCGGGCGGCUGCGACCGCGCCGUGCUGGUGUGGGACAUGCGCUCGGGGCACGCCGUGCAGGCCUUCGACACGCACCACUCGGACGUGAACAGCGUGCGGUUCCACCCCGCUGGAGACGCCGUGGCCAGCGGCUGCGACGACUCCUACUGCCGCCUGUUCGACCUGCGCGCCGACCGAGAGGUGGCGCGCUACGGCAAGGACAGCAUCAUCUUCGGCGCCAACAGCGUGGAGUGGUCGGUGAGCGGGCGCCUGCUGUUCGCGGGCUACGGGGACUACACGGCCAGCGCCUGGGACGCGCUGAGGGCCUCGCGCGCGGCCGUGCUAGCGGGCCACGAGCACCGCCUGGCCGCGCUGAGCCUGGCGCCCGACGGCACGGCGCUGGCCACGGCCUCCUGGGACACCACGGUGCGGAUCUGGGCGUAAGCAGUUUAUAUGAAGAUAUUCCGUCUUCACUACAUUCCGGUACCCUGGUGUUGCACACAAUAUUCGCUGUGAUGCACGGUGUUCCAAGGAGAUGUUUGUCUUACAUCCAACUGAAGCUCGCAACCAAGUCCCCAAGAUUAAUGUUCCCAAUCAUUGCACAUUAACUAGGGUAGGAAAACUAUAGUAUAAAUAUGGUCGACUAUGGAUAUGUAUGUGAUGUUUGAGCAUGGUGCAUGAGAGAUUUGAGGGAAGUCCCAGUCAAAAUACUGAAAUAUAUUAUUAGACAUGCAGUGGGUGUAGUUACUUGGAGAGGAAUUAGGGAAUUGAAGCAAUAGAUUCCAUUGUGUUAUAGGUGAUUGUUGUACAUAAGAUUUACAUCUAUAGUUUAUGUUCUAGUCUUGGUGUUGCAAGGUGUUGUGAUCAGUUUAGCUAUCAUACCAGAAAUAAUAAGGUGUGGCAAGGAUUCCAGUCACAAUAACUAACUUGUUAUAAACUCUAUACUAAUAAUUACAGUAGAAUAUUUCUUAGUGAAACUUGACAUUAAAAAAUUCUUGUUAUAAAGUUUCUAACUUGUGGCGAACUUCGUUUUAAGCGAUUUUUAUCAGGAAAUGUUGAACUUGUAGAAGUUAUGAUUUGUUCCAAUUAAUUUUGUGUUUGUGGUGAAAGAAAUAAAAAUCUUAAAAAUUAUAGAGGUAUAUAUGUUAAUUGAUUAAAUUUCUUAAAUUAUUGUAAGCUAUUUUCGCCUCUUUGAUGGAAUACGAAAACAAUGAAGUAACUAAUUACUUUCGGUUUUCUGAGCAACUUAAUCAAUAAUUUCGUUGUGAUAUAAUGUUCCAGUGGUAUUUACUUCAUCAUCGCAUGUAACAAAGUCUUCAAAAAAUAUCAUCUUUCAGAAAUCUCUGUAUCCCAAUUUCGGUUGAAAGAGAAAUAACUUUGACUUCAGUUUCUGAUGGUGAUGGAAGAUCACAUCUGUAUAUUUUUUUUAUAGUUGCCGCAGUUAUAUUUCCCCAAGCUUUGUCAGCCAUUCUCAUGGCUGGUAAUGCAAUCUAUAUUAAAAUUAUUUUGUUAUUCCAUAGUUUACAACAUGUUUCUGAAGAUUUCUUUUCGGAACAAUGAUUUAAAAAAAACGGUGCCUUGAUUCAUAGGCUUUCAUUUUGAUGCGGUACUGGCGGGCAUUUAUUUAACUGCUGUCAUUUAUGGAAUAUAUAUAUGACUUAAUGUUUUUCAAAGAAUAAAGAUAUAUAUAAGAAUAAAUAGAAUUUUUCUUUUCACUUUAGCCAAUUUCGUGUCAAUAUUUGUGAGCAAGUUUGUGAAAAUUCUAGAAGUCAUCAAUGCUAUUUUAUUAACAUACUUUAAAUUUUGUCAUUUACAUCUUGAAUAACAACAAGGUUUUUUAGCUUUUCUAGUCUAGAUGAAGAGUGGUGAGAAUUUUUUUGUAUCUGACAUGUUUGCACCGAGAAAAAUAGUCGAACGUGCCUUGCUGUGCGUCUCAAUAUGGCAAUUAUCAUUUUUUAAAGUAACAGAAAUACAUUUAUAAUACAGCCCCGUUUGGACAGUAUUAAAUAUAUUCUCAGGUUCUUAACCAUUUAAAUAACAUUAAAGCCUGGCUAUUCACUUUUCCACUUGUCAAACGUUUCUUUAAAAGUAGUUCAUUUCUUCUUUUGAACUUUUCAGACUCACUUAUUAUUUCGACGUAGUCAGGGGUAAUUGGAGGUUUUGGGGCUUGAAGGGAAGGGAACAUUUUCCAGUUUGGGAGGUCUUUACUUAAAAGAGGUAUUUAAAGAGGUGCUACUGUAAAUCCUAGGUGGCUCAUAUAAUUUUAUUUAUUAAGAUUCAGCAAUAUAACAGUAUUAAUUAUUCUGUCUUACAAACUUCUUAUUUAUUGAAGUAGGCGUUAUUUUGCGGAAAUCCAUAAUUAUCCAAAAGUUUUGAGUUUUCCUGAGUGUGUGUCCGCUAAUAUUCGUCUUCAAACAAUUCGACACGUGUUUCGCCUCUACACGAAGCAUCCUCAGGAGAUGUUGACUCGCCAAACUCUGGCACGAGACAUUUUGGAGUACAUAUAUUCACAAAUAAAAUUUGAAAAACAAAAUUUUAUGAACGAUGCAGGACUCGAACCCACGACCUCCGGCGUUCAUACAUUCACUUGAUUGUAACACAUUAAUAUUCAAUAAAGUUUUUAAGGCUGUAUAAUUACAUUAUAAUACUUAGGUACUUACUAUGUUAGAAUAAAGCUGGCUAAAUGAUGUCUUUCAAGAUGGCGCCGAUAGUUCUGUAGGCAACGUCCGGAUCCUUGUCACCGAUUUUAAAUUAACUGUAGUAUACUCGGUUAGUUUUGUUCUCAUAAAGCAAGUGAAUGUUAUCCAUUGUAUAUUAUAUGUAUUGUUAUUGUACUUUGUAAUGUUAUAUGAAUAGAAUGGAGCAGCAAUAUACUUUUGACAAACACAGGUGUAGUCAAGCGCAGGUGUAGUUAAUGUAAUAUUAUAUUGUGGUUGUGUAUCUCAAGUGAGAUUGUCAAAUAUAUACAAAUAAGUUGUUGAAAUAGUUGUCAGCUCGGCCAGAAUAUUUGUAUUUCUGUCUGAUAUACAUAAUUGUACUUUGAGUAGUAAACUUAGUUGUUAUCUCAAAUACAGUAAUCGCCCCUAUUUCGCGGUAGCAUUUGUCCAUAUAUCACGGGCAUUACCCCCAUGUAUGGUGGGGAUGUCCCACAUUUGUGAAUUGUCAUUACAAAAUUAAAUUACUUUAUUAAAAACCUUAAUAAAAUAGUAAAACUAGGCACACAAUUGACAAUACUUGUUACGAAUUGUGAUUAAUAUUAUUACAAAUUACGAGAUCGUUAAAACGUGUUAUACGGGUAUGCCCAUAUAACGGUUUGUCCAAUAACACGGAACCACUCUACCACGUUAUAGGGGAGAUUACCUGUAUAUAGUUAAAGGAUGAUUGGCGUGGCCGAGGGUAUGUUAUAGUCAAUAGUGGUCCGAGGAGCUGCAACUUGUAUUUAAAUAUGUAUUAGUACUAGGCCAAUGUUGUUGUUGAGUCGCUAUCAUUUCGUCAGAUAUUAUAUGUAUAGUUAUAAGUAUGUAGUGGUGCAAUGUACAUAUAGAUUGUGAUUCAGAGGGAUUCAUGAUGCUCUCCAUUUGAUGUAUUGGAUUUGUUCUUUAAUGUAUAAGUGAGUGUGUAACAACAAUUUCUAUUAAUAAAUCCUUUUAAUGUGA